UUUGCACGCUACAAUCCAAGCCUGUAUCUGCCACAAUCUCAACUCGCUUUGGCAGAGCAAUGCUCGUGUGGAGCGGAAAGGCGAGGCAUACUCAGUUCGCUUCCAUCAAAAACCCUUACUUUUAGCAAAAUCCACAUCCGUUUGCCGGGCGGCGAUCCAUCAAAGUGGAAAGCGGCAGACCGCGAACUUGCAGAAACGAGUAAGCUCCCUUGAUCCAAUCCAGUUACCGAAAGAAGGGAAUACAGAGGGAGGGAAAUGCAGAUGGUCGCGCUGCAUCCUUCUUGUUGUGGGGGAACGAAUCCCAUGGAGACGGCGUCUUCCUCCACAAUCUCUCGCCAUCUUUUUUUUUCAUUCAAGGGCCACAAGCAAUCGGGACUUCGUGGAGCCAGGAUUUAUAGAAGCACAGGCAGAUUGGCCAUGUCUUGGAUGUCUUCAACUUCGGUUCAUCGGAUGGUCUCAAGAUCCCAGCGGCAUCGAGCAACUCAAGCCAUUGCCACCCCGAACCCAACUGUUGAAUUACCUCUCACAGCUGAAAAUGUUGAGUCUGUAUUGGAUGAAGUGCGACCAUAUCUUAUGGCAGAUGGAGGGAAUGUUGCUUUACAUGAAAUUGAUGGGAAUGUUGUGAGGCUGAAACUGCAAGGAGCUUGUGGGUCAUGUCCAAGUUCUGUAAUGACAUUGAAGAUGGGCAUUGAGCGCCGGCUCAUGGAAAAAAUUCCAGAUAUUGUUGCCAUUGAGCCCAUUAUUGAUGAGGUGAUGGGCCUUGAGUUGAAUGAAGAAAACAUUGAGAAGGUGCUUGAUGAAAUAAGGCCAUAUCUUGUCGGAACUGGUGGUGGAGAGCUCGAGUUUGUCAGCAUUGAGGAACCUAUUGUUAAAAUUCGACUAUCUGGCCCAGCUGCUGGAGUCAUGACCGUUAGAGUGGCACUCACACAGAAGCUAAGAGAAAAGAUCCCAGCCAUAGCAGCAGUACAGCUUUUAUAAAGGUGUUUUGUAUGAAACUUUUGGAUCGCCAGAAAGAUCUCAAUGUAAGAUGCAUCCAACCUAUAUAAACAGAAUAGUUUAUAAAGUUUUUUUAUAUAAGUUGUAAUGUGUAAUAUUUAUUUAUUUAUAACAUUUUGGUCUGGCAGAGUAACAUUGUUCUAAU